AUGGAAAGUGGUUUGGGGUUUAGGGUCAGGGUCAAAGGUGAUCAAUUGCAAAAGCAUUACACGGUGACCUGCUUUCUUUACUCAGUCCCUUGGGUAGAUCCUGGCACCCCGAGUAAGUUCCUUUGCUGGAACAGGAAGAUGGAGUGGUCGGACGAAUCUGAGGAGCCGCCCAAGGAGGAGACAGAGAAGGAGCGCGCCCCUAAGCCUGAAGAGACCUGGGUGCUGGACACCCUGUGUGGGCUCAAGAUGAAGCUAAAGCGACGGCGAGUGUCACCCGUGCUCCCUGAGCACCCCAAGGCCUUCAACAGGCUGCUUGGUAGGACACCCCAGAGAGCACGUCCAAUCCUCCUUGAGAAUACAGAACGCACUCUGCUGGGUCCUAGUCGAGUCUGGAAGAAGGCUUUGGACAGAACAGGGACCAGGUUCCGUGGGAGGGAACAGAGUUUAGGAGAGAUCAUGGCCAGCUGUCAACCGCAGCCCCUGGUUGAGGAGAAGAGCCCCCAGCCUAGCACCUUGGGGUACUGCCUCCUAGAGGUGGUGGAUGAUGAAGUGCCAGGACCAUCAGGAUCCAUCCCGCCUAAUUUCCUUUGCUGUAAAAGGAAGAGGGAGUGGUUGGAAGAAUCUGAGGAGGAGCCCGUGGAGGAGACAGAGAAGGAGCGCUCCCCUGAGCCUGAGGACACCUCGGUGCUGGACACGCUUCAGGGGCUCAAGAUGAAGCUAAAGCGACGGCGAGUGUCACCCGUGCUCCCUGAACACCACCAGGCCUUCAACACGCUGCUUG